CUUAGGGAAGGGUAAGGCCCGUAAUUAAGGUUGUCCCGUGUUGCGACACGCGUCCGGACGGCUAACUCCCUCUGCGUCAAUUUCUUCCGUUCAAGCAAAAACCAAGGUUUAUGCUGUGUUCGGUGUACGGGAGAGUCCAAAUACACGCCUCAAUAUGAUACUGUCGCAACUGUUACUUUUUUUCGUUGCGUGUUUCUCGUUUGUUACGAGAAGCCGUGCAGAGUUUACUUUUUUGACUCCCAGUGAUGGUUCUCGCUGGGCUAUUUCCAAUACAUACUCUAUCUCCUGGGAUAACAAUACAGACGUUGAGUUUGUAAACCUUGCUUUAGAGUAUACGGAUGGUGACCGAGAAGUAAUUACACAAAGUGGACCUAUCCCUACCAACCAAUCUCACUGGAGAGUACAAGUGAAGAAGAAAUGGCUUCAGGGUGCAAACAAUUUGACAGCAAGAAUUGUCGCCGUUCCCCAACAACCGAAUCCCACUGUGCAGCUUGGCCCCACCGUCCUGCUGGCCGAGACGUUCUAUUUCGUUUGGUACGUUGAGACGUCUCCUGCCUUUCAACAAAACAACAUGGACAAGGGUAUUGCCAUUGGAUUAUCGGUUGCUUUGUUGGGAUGCGUUGGUAUUGUUUUAGCCAUUCACUUUACCACUCAGCAUCUCCGCAAGAUCCGUCCUUACGACGAUGUGAUAGAAUUGCGUUAGGAGUUCAAGACGCACUCAGCAGCUGCCUAAGGAUGUGCGACAAUGAAUGCUCCCACGAGACGCUUCUUUACCAUGCAUGUCUGGUUGCAGUCAAUGCAAAGUCUCCAGUAUCUUUCCUCUCCUCAACCACCUUCCGCAUCCAUACGCAUCCUUUUGUUUGUCUCUCUAAACUAUGUUUCUUCCGUCCCAUUAGUUCAUCUUACUGAAUCUACAGCUCAACGGCUUAGACUCUGGCCUCUGUUUCUACUACCAAUCUUCUCCAGCCUAACCCACUGCGACCAGUUAACAAGCAGCUGCUCGCUACGGCUUCCCGCCCCCAUAUGUGCCCCCACAAUCCCGUAUAGUGCAACAGCGUCGUCGAGCGUUAUUUAAUUUAACGGAUUGUAACAUUGCGUAAAAUAGAUUUAACAUACUCCAUCACACAUCCCGUAACUGAGUUUCGUCCUAUCCACCUCGA